GUUUUCUUUCAUUUCUCAACUCAAAGGGUCAGUACAUUUUGGUACAUUUUCUAACCAAAAAGACAUCGAGUGUGUUGUGUUAUUUUAAAUUGUGCAAUCAUGGAAGAAGAAAUGAUAUUUGAUCCUUCUCUCAAGAAGAAAAAGAAGAAGAAGAUUGGAUUCGACGUAGAUGCAGCGCUAGCUGAGCAAGAAAACACGAGCGUGGAAGCACCCGCUGAGACAGGUGACGUCGACGUGCCCGACGACGAUAACCUUGAUUUAGAUACUUUUGGGAAAAAGAAGAAGAAGAAAAAGAAGUUCUUCAAUCUGGAUGAAAUAGAGAACGCCCUGCCAGAGACUCCUCCGGCAGAGGAGCCAGACCCGCAGGAAGAGGAGGUCGUAGACGAUUUAGUGCUAGAGAUAGAUUUUUCGAAGAGUAAAAAGAAGAAGAAGAAGAAAAACGUAGAUGAUCUGCCUACAGAAGAUGAUGUCAAAGGUGAAGAUCAAGAAAAUGUUGAAGAUGUACAUGGUGACUGGAUUGGCAGCGAUCGCGAUUACACUUAUGACGAACUUCUCGAAAGGGUCUUUGACAUCAUGCGCGAGAAGAACCCUAGCAUGGUCUCAGGAAAGAAACAAAAGUUUAUAAUGAGGCCGCCCCAGGUUGUUCGAAUUGGUACAAAGAAGACAUCUUUUGCCAACUUUACAGAAAUCUGCAAAACCCUUCACAGGCAACCAAAACAUUUGCUAGAUUUCUUACUUGCUGAGUUAGGUACUAGUGGGUCAGUGGAUGGUAACAGUCAACUUAUUAUUAAGGGCCGUUUCCAGCAAAAACAGAUAGAGAAUGUCCUUCGUAGAUACAUCAAAGAAUAUGUUACAUGCCACACAUGCCGCUCUCCUGAUACCAUUCUCCAAAAAGAUACUCGAUUGUUCUUCCUUCAGUGUGAAACAUGUGGAUCACGCUGCUCCGUUGCUAGUAUCAAGUCUGGUUUCCAGGCAGUCACUGGCAAACGUGCAGCCAUUCGUGCAAAGACUGCAUAAAGUAUUAGUGCAUAGUGAUAAACUAAUUUUACUGUUAAGGGUCUGGGGUACAUACAAUAAUAAUUCUUGUCUGUGUAUUUUUUGAGUCAUACCUAUCUGUUCAAAUCUGGUGCUGACAUUUGUAAUUGUGUUCAACAAUUGUGCAAUCGAAUAUUAUAAUUAUUAGACUUGGUUAGGUAAAGGUAUGUAUGUACCUUGGGCUCUAAUCAAAAAUAUGUUUGUAUUUAAAAAAAAAGCUGUUUUGCUCUUGUUUAGAUUAACUUUCACAAUUUAAUACCAUGCCAUGUUAUUAUGUGCAGUGUACAAGAUUAUGCUUUGCAAUAGCUGGUCUAAUAUUUGCAAAGCUGUAUAGUUAGCUAAAGUUUUUUUUGUAUGAAAUUGUGUUGUAUAAAUACAUAUUAUGUGCUCAAAUAGUAACUCUUGGAACCAUUAAUGAACAAAAGGUUUAUAUGGAUGUACCCCAUCAUCCUGUAAUCCCAAUAUUUAUGUAUAGCUCACUUCUGUAUUAUUCUCAUCAUUGAUACACAAUGUUUUAUA